UGCAGUAUAAAAUGCGAGCGCGAGCGCCACAGAACACCAGCCUGCUAGUCUUAGCUUUUUGUCCCCUGCUUUCCUUCGCGCACGUUCUCCCUACUCCCUCCAACCGCCCCCCACUGUGACCAUGCUGUCCAAGUCCUUCGCUCUUUUUGCUGCCUUCACGGCUUUUGUUCCUGCAUUUGCAGCCCCCAUCGCUGCUAACGGCGUCACCGCUGAUGCCACUGUCACCAAUGUCGGCAAUAACCCCAACGCCAAUGUACUGACUCAACGUGGUGAUGUUGAUUAUGGGUGCACCCUUGUUGAAGUCAUUGCAAUCGUGGACAACGUGCUUAACAAUGGUCAAAUUAACAUCUUGACUCAGUCCAAGCGCGGCGGUUGCGAUGUUGCUGCGGUCACCCUUGAGGUCCAGAAGGUCUUGGACAAUCUUACCAUCAACAUUCUCACUCAGUCCAAGCGUGGCGAUUCAGAUGACCUUGACGGCUGUACACUUGCUGAUAUUGAAGCAACUGUCACUGAUGUUGCCAACAACUUGAACAUUUCCAUAUUGAAGCAGACGAAGCGUCAUGAGUGCGAUCUUGUCAAGCUUACCGCGUUGGUGACCGAUGUUCUCAAAAACCUCAACGUCAAUGUCUUGACGCAGUCGAAGCGUGGCUCGGACCCCCUUGCCGAUGUUUUUGUCGAUGUUGAGGACGUUGCUAACAACCCUGACGUUGACGUGCUAGACCAGCACAAGCGCGGUGAUAUCAUGACGGUCGCUGAGGUCCUAGUAUAUCUCCAGGAUCUCAUCAACAACCCCAGUGUCAACGUGCUCGAUCAACACAAGCGCGGUGAUACCAAGUCGGUCGCUGAGGUUGUUGCAUAUAUCCAGAAUCUCCUCAACAACGCUGAUGUCGACGCGCUCAAUCAACACAAGCGUGAUGUAGUGGACGUUACAGCUGUCGUCAUCAAUGCUGUCAACAACCUCAAGCUCAAUGCCGCCUCCCAAUGAAUGAGUGAAGUACUCUAAAAGCAACAUCUCAUACCCGCGUCGUGCACAUACCCUGCCAAUCGUUUAUAACUGUCACUCGUUCAACCACGUAUUUCAUAGCCGCAUAAUGCAUUUUCCUUGACAUCUC